CUACGCGCGUAGGUUUAACAUUUAUUUAUGCUGUAACGUUAAUACGAGUGAAUGUACACUUUAGCGCUUUGCACGAAGAAGUUGUUAUUUGUUAAUAAAGAAAAUAAGUAAAGUCUUCAGUAAUGAAAUAAUUUGAGGCUGGUUUAAUGCACCAGGCUAAAUGAGAAGCGUUAAAGUUUGCUUGUGUUGUUAGCAACAGGCUGUGAGUGAGUGUGUGUGUGUGUGUGUGUGUGUGUGAGCAUCAUGCAGACUCUACAGGUCUCCAGUAAAGAAGAGGGUAAACUAUGGCACCGCAAACCUGUACCAUCUAAUAAUGGGAUCCUGCUGACCAUAAUCCGCAGUGCAGCUGGCUACCAAAGCAAGACAGUUCGUUUCCUCCAAGUGGCUUUCGACACUACUGGAGAGGCAUUUCUUGCCGGUGAUCAUCAUGGGAAUAUCUAUCUGUUUGAUAUUAGCAGAAACAGGUUUAAGCUGGUCCAGAAGACAGGACAAGCAUGCACAGCCCUGGCUUUCAACCUGCGCAGAACUACAGAGUACCUGGUUGCCCUUUGUGAUUAUUCCGUCAAGUGCUAUGACAAAGAGACCAAACAGUUGGUGAGCUGGAUGAGGGGUCACGAGGGUGCCGUGUCUUCUCUGUCAGUCCAUGGUUCGGGGCGAUAUGCCAUCAGCACCUCCUCGGACACGGCUCAGCUCUGGGACUUGGACACGUUUCAGAGGAAGAGGAAACUCAAUGUGCGCCAUUCUGUGGGCAUACAAAAGGUCUUUUUUCUCCCUCUGGGUAACACCAUUCUGAGCUGUUUUACCGACGACUCCAUCUUUGCUUGGGAAAGUGACACGCUGUUCUGCAAAUAUCAGCUACCAGUUCCACAGGAUGGACCCCGGAUACACUACAAGGCAUUUGCAGUCACACAAGAUGGAAAGAUCCUGGCCGCAGCUGGGCGUUCAAACCUUGUUCAUUUGUGGAGUUUGGAUGGUCAACAGCUCUUUAGAAUACUGCAGAUGCAACCUGAAGUGCGCACUGUGAGGAACCUUGAUUUCCUGCCAGACACUUUUGAUGGAGGAUCCAGCCAGAUCCUGGGUGUUUUGAGCCAGGACGGCCUCAUGCGCUUUAUCAACAUUCAUACCUGCAAGCAGCUCUUUGAAAUUGGCUCUCAAGAUGAUGCAAUAAACUUGGCUGCUGUUUGUCCUAAGGGCCGCCACGUUGUAGCGGUGAUGGACUGUGGUGCUCUGAGAGUGUACAAUGUGCAGGCUCUCACUCAAGAAAUCAACAAGCCUCCUCAAUCCUUGGUUAAAAUGGUAACUGCUGGAAAGAAAGCUGACACUUCCUGCUUAAAGAUGAAGGUCCAUGCGGGAUCUGUUAUGCGUCUGGCCAAAACAUCUGCUCGCAAAAGUUGCACCAAAACGUCGCGUCCCCCAGCUUUUUCCACACUGGAGAACAAAGAGAAUGAUUUGCCGGGUGGCCUUAACAAGAAGCGACUGCAGGCGUUACUCCGAUCAUUUGGAGAAUAUCCAGCUAAGUACAGGAUGUUUAUAUGGCGUUCUCUGCUGCAACUUCCUGAAAAUCAUGCUGUAUUCAGCAGUCUAACAGAUAAAGGCCUGCACUCUGCUUAUCUGUGUCUGCAAGAGCGCUACCCCAUCAAGAGUCAUAAACUACAGAGAGGACUACAGAGGGUCCUGUCUGCUCUGGCUCACUGGUCAGCCAUCUUUGCGGAAGCUGAGUAUCUCCCGCUGCUGGCAUUUCCUUUUGUCAAGCUCUUUCAGAACAAUCCUUUGAUCUGCUUUGAAGUUGUCGCGACGGUCAUCGUGAACUGGUGCCAGCAUUGGUUCGAGUAUUUCCCCAACCCCCCGCUCAACAUUCUGAGUAUGGUAGAGAACGUAUUGGCUCAGGAUGAUAAAGAGCUGCUGCGCCAUUUUGUCAAUUGUGGUGUCACUUCUCAGCUGUAUGUUUGGCCCCUGCUGGAAACCCUGUUCUCUGAGGUGUUGACCAGAGAUGAAUGGCUGAAGCUGUUUGAUAAUGUUUUCUCCAACCAUCCUUCAUUCCUCCUGAUGGCUGUGGUGGCCUACGUGACCUGCUGCAGAGCGCCGCUGCUUCUCUGCACUCACAGGGACGACUUUGAGUACUUUUUCCAUCAUCGGAACAAUAUAGACAUGAACGCUAUGCUAAAGGAAGCGUAUCGGUUAAUGGAGCUGACCCCAGCGGACCUGCACCCAAGCUCCAUGCUAAACGACUUUGAGCCUCUGACAUCCGGUCAGUAUCCCGUCUUCAACAAGUAUCCCACGUUCAUAGUGGAGUACCAGUGCAAGGAGCGGGAACGAAUCCGCCAGCAAGAAGUGGAAUAUCUGAGGGAGAGACAGGCACUUCAGGAGCUACGCGCUGAGGCAGUGAGACAGCAAGCUGAGGAUGAAGCCUGGUACACACAGCAGGAACUGCUCCAGCAAGCUGAAGAACAACGUCGAAGAAUCCUGCAAGCGGAAGAAAAUAAACUCACCGAGCAGAGGAUCAGGUUGGCUGCUAUGAAACGCGAGUUAAAGGUGAAAGAGCGAAUGCUGCUUGAUGCUGCAAGGACGCGUUUUCUCAAGCACCAGCAGAAUCAGCGCAAGAUGGAGCUCAGUCGCCUGGACGAUGAGAUUCAGAGAAAGAUGGCAAUGCGAGAGCGGGAGACUGCUAUUGCCGUGCAAGACAUGGAAGUAAGACAAAUGGAGCUGGACGCACAGAGGAGAUUAUUUGAGCAGCAAUUGGCCAAAGAACAUGAGGUUGUGAGCAAAGAAGUAAGAGCUGAAGUGGACGCUUGGCGGCGAAGAGCUGAGAUGGAAGAUUCAGCCUUUCACAACCUCAUUCAGACAGACAGUGAUCUCGGCCAGGAAACCGUACGGGUACUGGAGGAGUCUCUAGCAGAGGCAGGACAACAGGAUGUGGAUGCUGAAUGGCAGACAGAAGUGAUCAGGCGAUUGAAGAUGGCAGAGGAAGAGCAGGAGAAGCAGAGACAGCAGCUGGCCAAAGUCAGCCAUGAAACCCACGCCAAGGAUGAGCAGCUUGUUGAGAAGAUGAUGGAAGUGGAGGGCAAGCAUUGGAACGAUGUAGUAGCUAAGCGGGCUGCACUAAACGAGGAACGGAAGGUAACAACUACUGCGGAUGCCCAGCAGAAAUCAGUCCUCUUUCAGCAUUCAGAUGAGCUCACACAGCACCACGGCACACUGACGAGGAGUCCAGAGGAGUCCUUGAAUCGGCAGCGGGAAUGGAAGCUUUGCUCUCCCUUCUCCACACGAGGGCUUAUGCAAAAGCCAAGCAGCCCACAAGCUGAUACCAACACGGUCUGUCUGAAUAACCAGUCUCCUUCAGAUAACUCCACAUGCUUUUCUCUAGAACGUGGUCGAAGUAGGCUGGAUCAAGAGGAGAGGGUGUUGCUGCAUGAGGUCAGAGAGCUACGAAAGAAGCUGGCAGCCAGAGCUCGAGCUGCAGACUAUACCCUGUACUCAACCAGUUCCCAUCACUCCCAGUAAACAGACUGGCAGCACCAGGACCGAGGAGCUUGGGAGAAAUACAUGAUGACAGGGAUGAAAUUUAUCUGGGUCUUUAGAAAUAAACAUGUGCUGCACAACAUGUUUUAUAUUUAAUAUUGGUCACUACUUCAAAAAAGAGCUGGAUUAAACAGUGAAAGAUUUCUCGAGUACGAUUAGGUUUAGUAUGGAGACCUUGGAUGGAACCUGUUAUUUUUUUAUUCUAAUUUAUUUUUUAAAUAUUUGUCCAUGUUGGACAAUGCAAGAUUUUAGACUUUCAAUAUUUGUGCAAAUGGUAAAUAGUAAAUCUUGAAAUGUUAAGGAAUCUGUGUGAUGUGGAAAAACAUGAGUACAUCUGCAGGCACUUGCAAAUAUACUGUUUCAGUAAUCAAAGGUCACUACAUUUUAUGUUACAAUUUCUCCCAUUUUCUUCAAGUGUUCUCAACCAAACUGA